CUUCUUUCAAAAUAAAAAAAAGGACCCGCUUUUCUCAACCAUGUCUUUCUUGCGUACUCGUCUUCCUCAGAUUGCACGAUCGGUGUCGUUGGUUGGCCGUCAGGCACCCUAUGUUGCUCGCAACUACUCGUCCAUGACCUACUCUGUGCCCUCGGUCACGGACACUCCUCCCACCUCGCUCCAGUCAUUCACCGAGGAAGAGCUCAUGCUCAAGGAGACUGUCGCCCGCUUUGCUCGUGAGGUUGUCCAGCCCCGAGUACGCGACAUGGAUGAAGCCGAGGUGAUGGACAAGGACAUCAUCAAGGCUAUGUUUGAGAAUGGGUUGAUGGGUCUUGAAACCGAAGCGGACCUUGGUGGUGCCGAAUGCUCGUUCACUGCCGCUGUCCUUGCCGUUGAAGAGUUGGCAAAGAUUGACCCCUCGAUUAGUGCCUUGUGUGACAUUCACAACACCUUGACGAACACUGUCAUUCGCAAGUAUGGCAACAAGGACUUGAAGGAAAAGUACUUGACACGUCUCGCUACUGACACCGUCGGCAGUUUCUGUAUCUCGGAAGCCGGUGCUGGCAGUGAUGCUUUUGCUCUCCAGACCCGUGCUGAGGACAAGGGCGACCACUACCUCUUGAACGGUGGCAAGAUGUGGAUCAGUAACUCUGGCGAAGCUGAUAUCUUUGUCGUCUUUGCCAAUGCUGACCCAUCCAAGGGCUACAAGGGUAUCACUGCCUUCAUUGUCGAAAAGGAAUGGGGCGUUGAGAUUGCCAAGAAGGAAAAGAAGCUCGGUAUCCGCUCGUCCUCCACCUGUGUCUUGAACUUUGACGAUGUCAAGGUUCCCAAGGAAAACGUUUUGGGUGAGAUUGGCCAAGGUUACAAGUAUGCCAUCGAUUCAUUGAACGAAGGCCGUAUUGGUAUUGCUGCCCAGAUGAUCGGUGCUGCCCAAGGUGCUUAUGAAAUUGCCUUACCUUACAUGUUUGAGCGCAAGCAGUUUGGUAAGCCCAUCGGCUCUUUCCAGGCUAUGCAGCAUCAGUUUGCUCAAGUUGCCUGUGAGAUUGAGGCCGCCAAGUUAAUGACAUACAAUGCUGCUCGUCUCAAGGAAGAAGGCAAGCCAUUCGUCAUGGAAGCCGCCAUGGCCAAGUUUGUCGCUGCCAAGGUUGCUGAGCGUGCUACCAGCUAUGCUGUCGAAUGGAUGGGUGGUAACGGCUUUGUCCGUGAAACCGGUGUUGAAAAGUUCUACCGUGACGCCAAGAUCGGUUCCAUCUACGAAGGUACCAACAAUAUGCAAUUGGAGACCGUCGCCAAGAUCAUCUCCACAAAGUACAAAUAAUAAGCAUCUUCCUUUUGAAACCCUAAUGUUAUAUAAGAUAUAAGAAAAAAGACCCUCUAUAAUGUACAGUUUUUCUCCCUUUCCCACUGACGUUUUUUUUUUCGCAGCCCCCCUUCCAGAGCUCUGUAUCCUCCUCCUUCCCUCCUACUACAUUAGUACUCUCCCACACUAACGGUAACUUGUUGUGGCUCAUAUUCUUUUGAGGAAGUUGUGACAAAUAAAAUUUAUAUACAAGAAGUAAAGAACCAG